UUAAGCUCAUAAACUCAUAGCUAAGCGUACUUGAUAGCCACAUGUUUCUGGUGCGUUAUUACACUUAAAGAUUUCAGCAAAACAAAGUGUUAUAUGAUUUAGGAUGUCUGCGUCGUUACUCAGAAGAGGACUGGAGCUGCUAAGCGGUGAUGUGACAGAUAAUGUGAAAAGGAAGAAGAAACAGAUGCCAGGUUCAGCUACUGUCAUGGAGCUGGUGAGCAGCAAUCGGCAGGGAGUCAAAAAGCAGGUCAAACGUCUGCAGGGUCGCCUGGGUUCUGGGAAGAGCAAAGCCACAGUCAAAAACAGGAGGAUCCGGUCUGCUGUGGAGGAGUUCAGAAGGAAGCAGAAGAAGAGCCACCUGAGCGCCAACCUCAAAUACUUGACGGGUACAAGCUACAAAGCUAGCGACUCUGAAACGCUGAAGAUCCAGAACCAGAACACGGGCAGGCAGUCCAGGAGUCGUGUCGAUAAAAUCACUAAAAAAUCCAAGGAGCCGCAGUCUUUGUUCACAGAGGAGGAGUUCCAGCAGUUCCAGAAGGAGUACUUUGGCAGAUUAAUAGAGAAGAAGAAGUAAAGUGCAUCCAGAAGCUCCACCGUCAGUAACGGGGCUGCAGCUUGACCCUCUGAAGAAACCACAGAGUCAGACUGUUCGUUAAAGUUCUUUCUAUUCAGAGUCUCAGCAGUCGAACGUGAACCUGUUAUCGUUCAGAGGCUGCAGGCUGGUCGGCUGCAGAGGAUUUUAUUACUACAGGUUUCAUUCCAGUGGAAAUCUCACCUCUGAUUCAGUUGUCUGUGCUUCAGAAACCUGCUUCAAGGUUCAAACUGUUGUGUAGUUUAAAAGUCUGGAGGAUUCAGAAGAGAUACCUGACAGGUGGCAA